GAUAAGGUAUCGGUUUUCCAGGUGUUGCCUAGCAGCCCGCCAAGAAAUAACGAUUAGAAUUGCUUAGUACAUUCAAGCAGCUCAAUCGAAAUGGACGGUAACACUUGGCUUCACUUCAGCCACGGCGCAAUCCCCCAGGAAGCCGUGGUUGCUGGUCACGAUUCCGAUGGCGACACCAUCUUCAUUGGCCGCGCCUUCUACUGCAAUGACAUGCUGCCGGCCAAGAUUAUUCCCAACAAGGGCAAGGCCUAUGUGGCCUAUGCCAACCAGGAGGUGGAGCUGGAGAACUACGAGGUCUUGAGCGGGCUAAACUAUAUCUGGCUGCCGGCCGAGAACGGAGAGGUUCCUCCCGGCGCCGUCAAGGUGGGCCAGAAUGUCGACGGAGAGACCUUGUACGCCGGAAGGGGCUAUCAUGCCGGCAGCUUGACCGUGGGCAAGGUGCAUCCGUCCCACGGCUGCCUGUACAUUCCCUACGGUUCCGAGGAGGUGAAGAUCUUCGCCUACGAGGUUCUGUCCCGUCGCAUUGAGGCGAGAUAGGCGCUCUAUUUUCAGUUAUUGCCUGUUAAUCACAAAUAAAUUUCACACUUUUGUAGA